AGUUAAGUAUAUUCUUCCCUCGACUAGAUUCGAACGUUCUAAUCAAACGAUAGGUUAAAUUAUUGGAUUUCUAAACUUUUAACUUGCAUUUUUGGACUUUUCAGGUCAAAAACUAUAAGAUUUGAUAAGUUUUAACCAAAAAAAAAAAACGGGCCUCUGAGACAAAGUUCAGCCUACUUCUAAGUAAUUCGUGAAUCGUGAACGUUUGUCUAACGAUGCAUUAUAAUUAUUUAUUUCAUUCACUGUCAAAAACACAGAGGCAAAAAGUAACCUCAAAGUUUGCGCUAUAAACACAUCAAACAAACAGUAUCGGUAGCGCCAUCUUACAGAAACGGUGGGAACUAUUUUCACUUCAAACUUGGGCGUUUUACCACCGAUUGCACCAUUUGAAUCGUGUUGCAGGAUGCCAUCCUAAUUUCGACCAUAGUUGCCAACUUUGGAGAGUUGAGUAACUAAGUGUGAGUUUGUAUAUCGCGUAUCGUAUAGUCGUAUAGAUAUAAUACGCAGACGUAUCACUAAAGUAAAGUUUCCAUAAUAAUAAAAAGACAAUGUUUAUGUGAAGCAAACUACAGUGCGGCUAUCAACUUUGCACGUUUUACUUAAAUACUGGGUCUACGAAACAGAUGUCUGUUUAAUAACAAAAUGGAACAAGUGAAACAGAAAAAACAAUUCAGAGAAUUAAAACAACUACGAGCAUUUCCAGUGGGAAAAUAUGAUACUCUACUUUCCGUGCUUGGGGAGAUCAGUCUGCUCUUGCCUGAGGUGCGCCAUCUUUGACUUUACAUAGUCGAUGGUCGGGGUUAGGUUAUGAUGAGACGCUAAGUUAUGGCAUCUAGGAAGUGCAAAGUGGUGCAAAGUUAAUUUUAAAGUCUAAAGAGGUCUCGUUCGAGACAAUUCCCUAAUCCACGCGUUGAAGAAUGUGAAGAUCUGUGAUGUUUAAUUUGAAGACCUUUUCAAAUUGGAGAAUUAUCUACAAAUAGAACUAUACUACCAACUCUUCCUUUGCCAGAUUCCAUUGAUGUCAACUGUUUGCUGUGUUGUCAACUAAUGUGUUAUAUGUAUAUGUAUUAUAUUGUGUAGUUAAAUUAUGUGUAUUAAUAUUAUUAUCUUAAAAAUUUUAUGUACAUAUUAAGUAAUAAAAAAUUUGUUAUAUUAUAUUAUUUGAAACGACUUAAAUCCUUUGAAUUGUGUCUUUUUCCCCGAUUUACUCAUUUACAAUCAUUUAAAUUUCCCGCUGCAUAUACAUGCGAAUCGGUUCUUCACUUUAAUUCGCACAAGAGACGUAGGUGGCAGCCCCAACCGCCAUAAACUUGGCUUGAAUCCAUAGUACAUAGUACGUGAGUUUGGGCAUCCUGAUGGAAUUUAUAAUUUGUUAAGUGGCGUACGAGUGAUUCGUUUAGAAAAGAUCCCGUGGAAGAGAUGCAACGCGCAGAGGAAAGGACAUUUGAGAGAAACGGCGAACGAAGGAAUAACGGAACGGCGGAUCGCGUAGCGGAAAGACCGAAAGGGAAGGACGCAGAGGUUAGGACGAGGAGGUUAGGGUCAAUGACAACAUGCAGGACAAAAGGACUAAAGGAUGCAGGAUUAGCCGGCUCAGAGGCUCCCACAACUGGACUUCAGACAAAUUCUUCUCUUGGGACAACUGGAAUAACUGGGAACAAUGUUGUGACUUCUAAUUCUGUAGGACACGUUCCUGCACAACAAACACACGUUGCUCCACAACCUCCUGAACUACCAAACAAAAUGGAACAAACAGAACAAAACAAACAAUUCAGAGACUUGAAACAACAACCACAUCCAGUGGAAAAAUUUGAUUCUCUUAUUACUGUGCUUGGAGAGGUCUGUGGAUUUGGAUGUAAUGCGCCCACAGCUGGGCCCUCAACAAGUGCUUCUGUUGGAACAGCAGGAGCAACUGGGAGUACUGUUGUGGCUCCUAGUUCUUUAGGACUUGUUCCUACACAACAAACACACACUCCUCCUCAACCCCCUGAACUGCCAAUGUUUUCAUGUCCUCGGAGACCAGAUAUUGGACGUGAAGGCAGACCAAUCAGUUUAAGAGCUAAUCACUUCCAAAUUACAAUACCACGUGGUUAUGUGCAUCAUUAUGAUAUUAACAUCCAACCUGAUAAAUGUCCUCGUAAAGUUAAUAGGGAAAUUAUAGAAACAAUGGUUCACGCGUAUAGUAAAAUAUUUGGAACUCUGAAGCCUGUGUUUGAUGGCAGAAAUAAUCUGUAUACAAGGGAUCCCUUGCCCAUUGGUGCUGAGAAAAUAGAAUUAGAGGUAACGCUACCUGGUGAGGGUAAAGAUAGAGUUUUCAGAGUGGUGAUAAAAUGGGUGGCUCAAGUUUCUCUGUUUGCUUUAGAAGAAGCUCUAGAAGGACGUACAAGACAAAUUCCAUAUGAUGCUAUACUUGCUUUAGAUGUUGUAAUGAGGCAUUUACCAUCUAUGACAUAUACUCCAGUAGGUAGAUCAUUUUUUAGUACACCAGAUGGAUAUUAUCACCCAUUAGGUGGUGGCAGAGAAGUAUGGUUUGGCUUUCAUCAGUCUGUUAGACCAUCUCAGUGGAAAAUGAUGUUGAAUAUCGAUGUCUCUGCAACUGCAUUUUAUAAAGCACAACCUGUCAUAGAAUUUAUGUGCGAAGUAUUAGAUAUUCGAGACAUAAACGAACAAAAGAAGCCCCUUACAGAUUCUCAACGAGUUAAAUUUACCAAAGAAAUUAAAGGUCUUAAAAUCGAAAUUACGCACUGCGGAACAAUGAGACGAAAGUAUAGAGUAUGUAACGUUACACGCAAACCUGCCCAGAUGCAAUCAUUCCCAUUACAAUUGGAAAAUGGACAAACGGUUGAAUGUACUGUUGCAAAAUACUUCUUAGAUAAAUACAAAAUGAAGUUGCGUUAUUCGCAUCUUCCUUGCCUACAAGUCGGACAAGAACACAAACAUACAUAUUUACCGCUUGAGGUUUGCAACAUUGUUGCUGGACAACGUUGCAUCAAGAAAUUGACUGACAUGCAGACAUCCACCAUGAUAAAAGCCACAGCCCGUUCUGCUCCAGAUCGUGAACGAGAAAUAAACAACUUAGUUAAAAGAGCCGAUUUUAAUAACGAUUCAUACGUUCAAGAAUUUGGCUUGACAAUAUCGAAUAAUAUGGUGGAAGUUAGGGGUCGUAUUCUAGCUCCACCCAAGCUACAGUACGGAGGGCGCUUGAGUUCCCUCAGUUGUCAGGCAAAGAACCAGGCCUCACCAAUUCAAGGUGUAUGGGACAUGCGUGGCAAACAAUUCUUCACGGGCGUGGAAAUCAGAGUUUGGGCAAUAGCUUGUUUUGCACCACAAAGAAGCGUUCGCGAAGACUCAAUACGGCUGUUUAUAGCACAAUUGCAAAGAAUAAGCAAUGAUGCUGGAAUGCCCAUUAUUGGGCAACCAUGUUUCUGUAAAUAUGCUACUGGGCCAGAUCAAGUGGAACCCAUGUUUAAAUAUUUAAAAAUGACAUUUGCAUCGUUGCAGCUUGUGUGUAUUAUACUGCCUGGAAAAACUCCUGUAUAUGCUGAAGUCAAAAGAGUUGGAGAUACAUUACUGGGUAUGGCAACUCAAUGUGUACAGGCAAAAAAUGUUAAUAAAACAUCACCGCAAACGUUGUCUAAUUUAUGCCUGAAGAUUAAUGUAAAGUUAGGUGGCAUUAAUAAUAUUUUAGUACCCAGUUUUCGGCCAAAGGUGUUUGACGAACCUGUCAUAUUCUUUGGAGCCGAUGUAACUCAUCCACCUGCUGGAGAUAAUAAAAAACCUAGCAUAGCCGCAGUGGUUGCUAGUAUGGAUGCUCAUCCAUCUCGAUACGCAGCUACUGUUAGAGUUCAACAGCACAGACAAGAGAUCAUUCAAGAACUUAGUUCAAUGGUGAUGGAACUUCUCCUUAGAUUUUAUAAAAGCACUGGGGGAUAUAAACCACAUAGAAUAAUUCUUUACCGCGAUGGUGUCUCAGAAGGACAAUUCUUGCACGUCUUGCAGCAUGAGUUAACUGCCAUUCGCGAAGCUUGCAUGAAACUCGAAGAUGAUUACAAACCUGGGGUAACAUUCAUCGUAGUACAGAAAAGACAUCACACGCGAUUAUUUUGUUCGGAUAAGAAAGAACAAAGCGGAAGAAGUGGAAACAUCCCAGCGGGUACAACAGUUGAUAUUUGUAUAACGCAUCCCACCGAGUUUGACUUCUACUUAUGUAGUCACCAAGGCAUCCAGGGCACUUCACGACCAUCGCAUUAUCAUGUACUCUGGGAUGAUAAUCACUUCGAAAGUGACGAAUUACAGACUCUUACGUAUCAACUAUGUCACACAUAUGUUAGGUGUACAAGAUCCGUUAGUAUACCUGCGCCAGCAUAUUAUGCUCAUCUUGUAGCAUUCCGAGCCAGAUAUCAUUUGGUAGAAAAAGAACAUGAUAGUGGAGAAGGAUCUCAUCAGUCGGGCUGCAGCGAAGACAGAACACCAGGUGCAAUGGCAAGAGCUAUCACAGUUCAUGCAAACACAAAGCGAGUUAUGUACUUUGCAUAAUUCUUCUUCUUUAAGCCUUUCUCAUACACAUGCCACUAUAUAAUAUCAUCAAAAUUAUAAUCACCAUAUCUUGCAUGUGGAUAUUUCUAGACUGCUUAAAUGCUAGAGAAUUAAUCUUGCGUGGCCAAUUUUUUUGCUUGUUUAAAUAAGUCUGUCCAAUACCUUGAAUGUGUCGAGUAAAUUUAUAUCAAAUUUUUUUCCCCUUCCUUUUUAGUAUUCUAUUUUAACAUAUCGACUAGGUUUUGGACAGACUUUCCAAACAUUUUAGGAAGUAGGUUCUAAAAGAGGUGCUUUUAGUUAAUCAUGUUUUGGAUUAGAUUAUGACGUACGCAGCUUGACUCAUGAGACGUUUCGCGGUAUAGACAACAUGGACGAAUAAUAGAACAAACAGAUCAGCUGUUGUACAUAUUACGCUUAUUUUAUUUUUAGAUGUUGAAUUUGUAGGAUACAAAAUAGUACUCUAGCAUUUGUAGUAUACAAAAACACAAUGCUGCACGAAUUCAUCGUUGUAUGAAUCGCUUACGAGACUGUUAUCUCGUUUAUGCGUAAUUAUCAUAUUGUGUGGGAUGAAUUAACUAUUUUUUGUAAAAAGACUAGACAUGUGGGUCAUGCGGUAAUGAAAAAAGAAAUUGGCAUGGUACUUCUUAUCGUGCCAAAGCAUAUUCGUGAUCAUGCUCGUACGAUUCUCUAUAAAUAUAUUUAUGACACCUAUCAUAUUUAUCAUAAGCACUCAAAAAAUUAGUCACUCAAGUAAUAAAAUGUUGAUAGGGAGAUGCAAAUAAAUAAAAGAUUUGUAAAUGUUAACUGUCAAAGCCUCCAAGCCAAUGGCCAAAAUAAGUUAGGAAUCUAUCGUAAUAAAAUCCAAAGUUGUGGCAAGUUGAUUAAAUACAGUGUUAUACAACAGUGUUAUAUCAUAAGAGUUGUAAACAACAUUGUGCCACAUUGGCUGAAUGAUAUCUUUUAUUUUUGAGUUUUGUCUAAAUCUAAUGUCAUUUGUCGGGAUUGUUUAAGAUACUUGGAAUAUUGAUUUGAACAGAAGUCAGUGAAUCGGGGAAGUUUCGCAUAAUUACUGACUGUUGAAAGUGGCAUAAAUAAUCAAGGGUCAUUCUAUAUAUAAGGGGACGUAGUUAAACACGAUAUUAUUGAAUAAUUAUUAUGUAGAGCGAAAACCAAGAAUAUACAUUUUAUUCAAUUUAUUUUAGUUUUGUUUACAUUAGUAUUUUGCAUGUGGCACAGAAAUUAUCCUGUGCGCUUAUGUAAGAAAAGCUAACAAUAAGACGCAGCUGAUAAUGGGGUAGCACUUUAUUCAUAUCAAUUACGCAUUGUUGUUAACAUUUCGAAGGUAAAUGGGUACCUUUUAUGUGGUAUUUAAGACAACGGAACGAUAUCUGUUCAAAAAAAUACAAAAGCUUAAGUUAAACCUACAUGGCAUUAGAUUUGGGCUAAUGACAAAGACCCAACAAUGCAAAAAAUGAUUUGAUUAAUAGUAGGAUAAGGAUAAUUCAGUGAUUGAAAAAUAGGUGAGAAAUAUAAUGUGAAUUAUAUAUGGAAUUAUAUAAUGUGGAAUCAUAGGAUAAGUUAUUAUAUUUGUCGUGUAACGCAAAUUUUAAAGUCCUCAAAUUUAUAUUCUAACGAAUUCUUCAUUCAUGAUUCGGACGCAAAUAGAAUCUAUUUACAUGGAACAAUAAUCGUAAUCAACACAAUAACUGUAUUAAGAGCCUUACAAGCAACUACACUGUAGAGCCAAUAGAUAGGAUAAUGAAAUGUAUAAAUAUGUAUUGAAUACCGUGCGCAAGAAAUCGUUUACUGUAUAUUGCUAGAAUCAUUAAUGCACUAGUAACGUUUUAGAUGAUCUUCAUUCUUACAAACACAACGUUUAAUUUUCUUUUAAUCUAACAGUAUUAAGAAUAGUAAAACGUAUCAGUACACGAUCGAAGUAAAAAACAUUGUUCUCGAAUACACCGACGGGGUGUUGGAAAUUUUCCUUAAAUCUAAAUGCGGACACAUUAAUAUAUAUUAAUAUCAUUUGAGAUAUCGUGACUUGUGUCAUCUGGAAUGUGUGGAAUAUUGUGUAUUAAUGAUUCUAAUUUUAGAUUUUUAAGUACUAAAACGUUAAUAUUAUCGCGGAAAGUAUGAAAAGGACCCUCACGUACCACUAAUUAAUAUUUAUUCUAGUUG